CUUGCUCCGACAAAGUCGUAGCAGGUUGAGCGCCCCCACUGGAUUGGGAGCUUUCUUAAGGUGUCUCUUGCUCCUGCUGGGAGCCUGACAAGGACUGCACAGGUGCCCUGAGAAUAGGAAGGAGGUUCGCUUGCUUUGCGCAGAGGCUGAGCCACCGGAGAAAGCAAAGCCAAUGUGAUUUAUUGAAUGAAAGCACUGGACAACUACCAACAACCUGUUCCUCUGCUGCCUCAAACAGCCGAAACUGGAAUUGUCGUGUGAAAAUGACCCAACAAAUGCAGAAUUUACAUCUUUCUCAGUCAAAAAAACACAGCGCCCCCUCUUCUCCCAAUGCUGCCAAACGCCUGUACCGGAACCUCUCUGAGAAACUGAAGGGGAGCCACUCUUCAUUUGAUGAGGCCUAUUUCAGAACAAGAACUGACCGGAUGAGUCUCAGAAAGACCUCGGUGAACUUCCAGGGCAACGAAGCCAUGUUUGAAGCAGUCGAACAGCAGGACAUGGACGCUGUGCAGAUCCUUCUGUACCAGUACACAGCAGAGGAGCUGGAUCUCAACACGCCCAACAGCGAGGGCUUGACGCCUCUGGACAUCGCCAUCAUGACCAACAACGUGCCCAUUGCUAAGACCCUCCUGAGGACAGGGGCCAGAGAGAGUCCACACUUUGUCAGCCUGGAAAGCCGAGCAAUGCACCUCAACACACUAGUGCAAGAAGCGCAGGAGAGGGUGAGUGAACUGUCUGCUCAAGUGGAGAAUGAAGGGUUCAGUCUGGACAACACAGAGAAAGAGAAACAGCUGAAAGCUUGGGAGUGGAGGUAUCGGCUCUACAGACGCAUGAAAACAGGCUUCGAACAUGCAAGAGCCCCCGAGGUGCCAACCAAUGUCUGUCUCAUGGUAACCAGCAGCACAUCACUCACUGUCAGCUUCCAAGAGCCUCUGAGUGUCAACGCCGCUGUAGUAACCAGAUAUAAAGUGGAGUGGAGCAUAUCUAAAGACUUUUGUCCUUUGGCUGGAGAAAUCAUCAUGGAAAACCUGCAGACCCUGAGAUGUACAAUUACAGGGCUUACAACGGGUCAACAGUAUUUUGUGCAAGUCUCGGCUUAUAACAUGAAAGGAUGGGGACCUGCUCAGACCACGACACCAGCAUGUGCCUCUCCUUCUAACUGGAAAGACUAUGACGACAGAGAGCCCAGACACAAGGGACAGAGUGAAGUUUUGGAAGGUCUGCUGCAGCAGGUCCGAGCCCUUCAUCAGCACUAUAGUUGCCGGGAAAGUUCAAAAUUACAAACCACGGGCCGCAAGCAGUCAGUCUCAAGGAGCCUGAAACACCUAUUUCACUCCUCAAACAAGUUUGUGAAGACCUUGAAACGGGGACUCUACAUAGCUGUUAUAUUUUAUUACAAAGACAAUAUGUUAGUCACCAAUGAAGAUCAAAUACCGAUCGUUGAAAUAGAUGACUCUCACGCCAGUUCCAUCACACAAGAUUUUCUGUGGUUCACAAAGCUGUCUUGUAUGUGGGAAGAUAUAAGGUGGUUAAGGCAAAGCGUACCUAUCUCCAUGUCCUCAUCCACAGUCCUGCAAACUCGACAGAAGAUGCUUGCAGCAACAGCCCAGCUACAGAAUUUACUUGGAACACACAACUUGGGAAGAGUUUACUACGAACCCAUUAAAGACCGGCACGGAAACAUCCUCAUAGUCACCAUCAGAGAGGUGGAGAUGCUCUACUCAUUUUUUAAUGGCAAAUGGAUGCAGAUCUCAAAGCUGCAAAGCCAGAGGAAGUCUCUGUCAACACCCGAGGAGCCAACAGCCUUAGACAUUUUACUGAUAACCAUCCAGGAUAUUCUCUCCUAUCACAAAAGGAGUCAUCAACGUCUCCCUCCCGGAUUAUAUCUGGGCUAUCUAAAGCUGUGUAGCUCUGUGGAUCAGAUCAAAGUUCUUGUUACCCAAAAGUUACCCAACAUUCUUUGCCACGUGAAGGUCCGUGAAAACAGUAACAUUUCCAAAGAGGAGUGGGAAUGGGUCCAAAAGCUUUCUGGCUCUGAAUCUACGGAAAGUGUGGAUCAUACUUCUGACUGCCCCAUGCAAUUGUUCUUCUACGAGCUCCAGAUGGCAGUGAAAGCUCUCCUUAAGCAGAUCAAUAUACCUCUACACCAGGCAAGGAACUUCCGCCUCUACACACAGGAGGUGUUGGAAAUGGGUCACAAUGUGUCCUUUCUUCUCCUGCUCCCUGCCUCAGACGACGUCUGUACAGCCCCAGGACAGAAUAAUCCUUACACCCCACACUCAGGGUUUCUUAACCUCCCUCUUCAGAUGUUUGAACUUGUUCACUUUUGCAGCUACAGGGAGAAAUUUAUUAGUCUGUAUUGCCGCCUUUCUGCUGUUGUGGAGUUGGAUUCUCUGAACACGCAGCAGUCCCUGCGGGAAGCGAUCUCAGACAGCGAGGUUGCAGCUGCCAAACAAAGACACCAACAAGUUCUAGAUUUCAUUCAGCAAAUAGAUGAAGUCUGGCGUGAAAUGAGAUGGAUCAUGGAUGCUCUACAGUAUGCAAGAUACAAACAACCGAUUUCUGGCUUACCCAUCACUAAGCUAAUAGAUGCCUCAGAUGAGCAGAGCCUAAAGAAGAUCAGCUCAACAUCAUCACAUAUAGACUGUCUUCCCUCACCAUCCCCGUCCCCAGAGAUGCACAGAAGAAAGGCAGUGAGUGAUUCACAGCCCUGCUCUGAUGAAGAAGGCUGCUCGGAAGUCUUCCUGCCCACCGACAGUGACUAUGACUCCAGUGACGCCCUGAGCCCCCGAGACCUGGACCUGGUCUACCUGUCCUCGCACGACAUUGCCCAGCAGUCUCUAAGCGGCCUCAGCGGCAGUGCCCCCGACGUCCUGCAGGUGCACGACAUGAAGUCUCCUUUGGGGCCCGGCCAGGACGCCCCAGGCCAGGUGCCCAGGCUGGAACCAGACCACUCCUGCGCUGACUUCCUCCACAGCCUCACCCUCACCCCGGGCUUCGAGCCCAAGAACCACGCCAAGAUGGCGCCGGGCGCGCGCCCGCCGCUGGGCUUCCUGGGAAAGCGGAAGCCGGCCAAGCACCAGCACUACGGCGGCUUCAGCCGUCACCACCGCUGGCUGCGCAUGUACAGCGAGACGCAGUCACUGUCGCUGUCCGAGGGCGUUUACACACAGCACCUGUCCAGGGCCUGUGACCUGGCCCGGCAUCCCGGGGAAGUACAGCGGCUGGGAUCUGCCGCCGAUGGGCCCCGCAGCCUGGCUCUGACCCAUGCCACGAGCCUCCCUGAGGGGCAGAAGAGCAUCCUCCAGGACCCGAGGCCCUCCGUGCGCCGCAUCUAUGUGGAGCCUUACCCCGAGGCCCUGGUGGACACGAAGCCCUGGGCCAGCUUGAGCCCACCGCCUGGAGGUCACUCUGGCCUGCCCAGCCCCACCCGCCCGGAGAUGAGCCCGGAGGCCCCCACCACGUCUCCGGUGUCAGAAAUACUCAGCAGCAUGCUUUAG